AAUGCUAUUUGUUAUAACUGUUAUGAUGCAUACUUUCUUAGUUUGUUAUGCCGACUUCAUAUUUAGUAAUUGUAUUUUGUAUAUUUUUACAGUUUAAUCAUAAACUUCAGAAACGACCUGAUGUUUACAGUGAGGUUUUUUGAGUCACUGUUUAAGAUGCCAAAGAAGUCUAAUAAGGCCUAUUAUUCUCUAUUAGAGAAUCUGUGGUGAAAAUCAAGUAUUUAGCAAUGCAUAUGAAUUUUUGAUAUAUAUCUUUACUUAAUUUGACUGCUUCAGUGCUCCAGGCUCACGUUUGGAGACGUGUGAAUAGGUGAAAUGAAAAGGGACCUAUUAUGCAAAUACAGUGUGUGAAAACAACCAGCCGGUAAUGAACCAGACGAACCCUGAAACAAACAUGUUCUCCUUCCUGGGCUUCUUCACCAGCCUCACGCUGCUCUCCGCUGGAUUCAUCCUCACGAGUUCAGCAGUGAUGGACAGCAGUGACCGGUCGAAUGGAUCCACCUUCCUGUACUUCGCUUACGGCAGCAACCUUCUGAAGGAGAGACUGCAGCUGAAGAACCCCUCAGCCACCGUCUACUGCGUCGCCAAGCUCAAGGAUUAUAAACUGGCUUUCGGGAAUCAUAAAGGACUGGCGAGUCAGCGCUGGCACGGAGGGGUCGCCACCAUCGAACACAGCCCCGGGGACGAGGUCUGGGGCGUCGUGUGGAGGAUGAACAUGUCAGACCUGGAGUCCCUCGACAGGCAGGAGAACGUGAAAAUGGGCACCUACAGUCCAGUGGAGGUCAACGUCUCCACCAGCGGACAGGACCUGAGCUGUCGGACGUACAUCAUGAACAGCUGCGUUUAUGCACCACCUUCGCCGCAGUAUCUACAGGUUAUUGUGAUGGGCGCCGAGCAGAACGGCCUGCCGGAGGACUAUCAGGAGAAACUCCGCUCUGUCCAAACCAACAAAUACGAGGGACGCCUGUCUGUGAUGGAAGAACUGGAGAAAGCUUUGAACAAAUCCAAAGAAAGGACAGAAGAGAUUGAACCUGAUGAUUAACACUUAUCUGUAGUCUACAGAAGACACACUAGACGGGUUAGUUCUGUUGUUCGCGCAGAUGAGGGGAAGAAUGUGCAGCGUUUGUAAUGUUUGGCAGCAAAACUAUUGCAUAAAGUAUUUUUGCUGGCA